CUGCUCGGUUUCUAUGUGCUUCAGGAACGCAGCCAACAAGGCAGCAGCAGCUUCUCUGCUCUCUGAAGGGAAUAACAGAGCAGAACUUCACCCACAGCUGGACCCGGACUGAGGUUGUGUUCAGGACUCUGUGGAGCAGCUGAGUGUGAUCUGAAAGCCCUCGAGUGUCAGCAUGACCUGGACCCCCGUCCUCCUCCUGCUGCUGCUGUCUGUCGGCCACUCCGCUUCCCUCUUCCUGCCGGACUCCGAGGAGCUCAGGCAGCUUCUGAGCCGCUAUGAGGACGAAGCGACCGGGGACGGCACCGGCGGCCCGGCUGGCAACAGGACCCGGCGAGCAAUCCUCUGGUCGGACCGCGAGGAGAUCCUCCAGCUGCACAACAAGCUGAGGGGCGGCGUUUACCCUACGGCCUCCAACAUGGAGCACAUGGUGUGGGAUGAUGAGCUGGAGCGGUCGGCCACUCACUGGGCAGAGCAGUGCCACUGGGAUCACGGACCUCAGGACCUGCUCAUGUCUAUCGGUCAGAACCUGGCUGUUCACUGGGGCAGGUACCGCUCACCUGCCUUCCAUGUCCAGGCCUGGUACGAUGAGGUGAAAGACUACACCUACCCCUACCCUCAUGAGUGCAACCCCUGGUGUCCGGACCGCUGCUCGGGGCCCAUGUGCACCCAUUACACCCAGCUGGUGUGGGCGACCACUAACCGAGUGGGCUGUGCCGUGCACGUGUGUCCCAGGAUGAACGUUUGGGGAGAAAUAUGGGAGAACGCUGUUUACCUUGUGUGCAACUACUCCCCCAAGGGCAACUGGAUCGGGGAGGCCCCUUACCAGCACGGCCGUCCCUGUUCUCAGUGUCCUCCCAGCUAUGGAGGAGGAUGUAAAAACAACCAGUGCUUUAAAGCAGACUCUCAGCGCUCCGAGACGGAGGACAUGAACGAAGUGGAGAAGCCUCAGAUCCCUGUGCCGCCUCGCACCACCGCCAGGCCGGCACCCAAACCUAAACCUUCUGCACCCAAGAAACCGGUGUCUAAACCCUCCAGCCCUAAACCCACCACACCCAGGACACCAGCUUCUCAAACUCCCAGCAACACCUACCUUGUUCAUAACAUCAAAUGUGAGACCAGACUGCGAGACAAGUGUAGAGGAGCCACCUGCAACAGGUACAACUGUCCUGCUAAUUGUCUCCAUAAGAAAGGAAAAGUUUGGGGAACGUCCUCUUACGAUGUGCUGUCAAGCAUUUGCCGAGCCGCGAUCCAUUCUGGUGCCAUUGACAACAACGGAGGGCUGAUCGACGUCUCCAGGGUGGACAAGUUCCCAUUCUUUGUCAGAACCACUAAAAAUGGCAUCGAGUCUCUCAGUAAAUACAAACCUGGCAAUGCCUUUGUUGUGACCAAAAUGAAAGAGUAUAAUGCAGAUUGCUACACCACUGUGGCUGAAAUCUGCCCCUUCAAGAAACCCUACUCGAGCUGUCCGAGAGUCAUUUGUCCAGACAACUGCAAGAGUCAGCCUCCCUACUGGUCACCUGUCAUUGGGAACAACAUCUACACAGAUAACUCCAGCAUUUGUAAAGCAGCCAUUCAUGCCGGCGUCAUCAAACCAGACGGUGGACAUGUCGACGUGUUGCCUCUGGACAAGAGAAAGAGCUACGUUGGAAUCCUCAAAAAUGGCAUCCAGUCUGAAAGCAAAAGCAACACAGAGGGAGGUUCCUUCCGACUCUUCCCUGUCAGAGAGCGACACUGAAGUUUGGAUGGUUGAAGACCACCAGAGUCGCCUCAGCAGCCCACCAGUAGCAGACAGUGUCCAUCGGUCGGACAGCAGCCAUUCGUUUGUCUUUGUGCCUUCAGUGGAAUGAAAAACGCCAUCGCUGUUUUUCUGGUUUAGUAAUCAACCCACCUGUCAUUCAGUAUCACCCAAUAUUUUGAUGGGUUUUUUUUUUAU